AUGGGUAUUGCUUUUGAUGACGUAUUAAUGUUUUUAUUCUCCAUCAGUGCUGCUCAGAGUCAAACAACACUGGAGUCCCUGCAGUGCCACUUCACCUGGGACCUGGACUACAGCAAACCUCAGCUAUAUCGUCUCAGGGAUAGGCUGGAGGACGUCUGCACAGACAGAGGAAACAGAUGGCUCGGUCAUUUCUACAACCUGCAGGGGUUCAUCCAGUUCAAACUGGAGAAAUAUGAGGAUGCAAAGAGAUUGUUCAACAAGGCUGCAGAGGUCUUCAGUGAGCUGAGACAUGCAGAUGAGGGUCCCUGGUUGGUAGUGAACUAUGGGAACCUGGCCUGGCUGCACCACCACCUGGGAGAGGAUGAAGAGAGUCAGGCUUACCUGUCAAAGGUAGAUGCCCUGAUGAAGAAAUACCCACCUCCAUCCCAGAGUGAGCUCCACCCAGAGAUCCACGCUGAAAAAGCCUGGACUCUGAUUUACAUGACAGAGGAGUUUAAUGCUGCUGUUGAUCACUUUGAAAAAGCUGCCAGGAUGCAGCCGGACAUGGUGGAUUGGAACUCCAGCUAUGUCAUACAUUUAGUAAAAGCCCAGGAGCACAACACCGGAGAGGUGGAGGCUGACCUCCUGGAGAAAAUAAGAGCUGCAAAGGAACGAGAUCCAGAGAACCUGUACCUCGCAGUUCUCUACCUAGAACAGCGUGCAAAGAAAGGAGAGAAAGUCCAAGAGGAAGUUCGAGAGUUUGCCAGAAACAAUUUGGGAAGUCUAAGCUGCAGCUACAGUUGUAUGAGAUUAUUACUAGAGGUCUACAAAAACCACCUAUCUAUUGAUGAGGCCAUUGAUUUGGCAGAAGAGGCUCUGAAAAUGCAUCCAGAUCGGCGUCACCUGAAGAAGAAUGCUGCACUUUGUUAUAGAUGGAAGAUGUUGUUUUUCAGGGACAGCCCCACUAGACCAGGCAUGAAAGACCGAGCAAUCAGUCUUCAUGAGGAGCUGCUUUCUCUUUACCCUGACUCUCAACUCCUGAAGAAAAUUGAUCUUGCUACAGUCUAUGCAAAAUCAGGUUACAAGGCUGAAGCUGAGCAGAUAUAUCAGGAGCUGCUUCAAGAUGAACUGGAUCCUGCAGACAAACAGCUCCUUUAUAAUACUUAUGCAAGGUAUUUAUACUACGAUCAGCACGACAGGGAUGGUUCCAUCAGAUACCACAUGAAAGCAGCAGAAAUACCAGUCAGAUCCUGUUUCGGUAAGGGCAGUAUGAGAGUUCUGAACAAGAUUAAAGACAGGGGUCAACACCGAAUGUGUCCAGAAAUAGAGGAGUUUCUGAAAAACCUGCAAGUGCUGGAAUAA